AUGCAUGGGCUCGCACGCACACCACACAAUCUCCGCACGCCACUGCCGCUUCGUGUCACCAUUGCAGCCAGUCACGGCCAUCCACUCCGCUCGGCGAGAGCCCUGGAGUGGGAGGGGGAGGGCCACGGAUUGCCUCUUCCCUUCUCCUCUCCGGGCUCUACUGGCGAUCAAAGCAAGACCGCGGGGAAGAAGGGGGACAGCGGCAAGAAGGUGGCUGAUGGAGGCUGGGGUGGGUGGGCUACCCGAGUCUGCGCCUUGGCUAAUGCCUUGCCUCUUCCCAUCAGUCGCCAUGACAUCUCCAUUUCUAUCUACUCUUAUGCUGCACGCAGCCAAGCACUAGAGAGGAACGGUUUGGAGGAUGCGCUACCCGUCCCCAUGUGGUCUUGGGUGCCUGGCAAAGAGGAUCCUCGUUCUCCGGUAGGGCAUGGCCUGGCAUGGCAUGGCAUGGCAUGGGCGAUGGGAAUGAGGCAUGUGUAUGACCAGAUGCCUCAAAGCAUGUACCAACGGCGCUUGGUAUUUCACCCCGUCGUCUCACAAAUCAUCUUUUUCCUCUACAAGUCGAAUUCGCUCCGUCGCAUUGUCGACAACAAACCUGCCGUCAGCCCAGUGGCCAGCGGCCAACCAACGCCCAUAAGCCUACAUAGCUACGCUUUGACUGAUGCACGGCCGGGCCGUCUCGACAAGCAGCAGCGGCAGCAGCAACAGCUUCCUAUUAUACGAGUACAUGAUGCUAUUGGCGCGCCGUGGACUGUGUCUGAGUGUGAGGCUGACCUGCAAGCUGCUGCCCUUUACUGCUGCAAGAGCGCUCCGUGGCUGGCUGGCUGGCUCGUUGCAUGCAUGAGGACUGUUUCGUUUGGCUGCUGUCUGUUCAUCACGCAAGCCUAUUCUCUGGCGGAGCACUCCGUGCAGAACGCUAUUGGUAUGUCUCACAGCAACACAGGAGACGAAGGGGGAGACGAAGGCGAAGAGAAGGGGACUGCUACGAUGAAUGCAGCUGCCCAGGGAGCACAGAAUAAUCCGAAAUUUCAAAUAAUGAACUGCCACCUAUGGCACCAUCAACACUUAUCACGCGACCUGGUUCCCGCGGGGGUCGCACAGCGAUUACAAAACGACUCAGCUGGCAUAAUGAAGAAGACUAGCGCUUUGAAACGAGGCAAUGGGAGAGAGACCCUGGCGAUGCAAGCUGGGAAUACGGGGCCCUCGUCUCCCGGCAAUCGCCAGGCAUCUUGGUCCAGGUUGACAGGGCAGUUCAUCCACGAAACGGGUUGUGCUGCUUCUUAUUGGGCCUACGGGCUCUCCGGACGAGGUACUGGACGAAAUUGUUUGAUAUCGUUUGCAGCUGCAGAGGGAGUUUGGAAUGAAGACAUUGGCUACAAAUCCUACCCCUCAGCAAUCGGCGAAACACGGCAUCUGGCUCACAGCGGUACUUUGGCAGAGAAAAAUACCUACAUGUACGAGAUGUAUCGCCUCUCAGCCUUGUGCUUGGCUGCCCAUGCUGCUGGGGCAGACAGGGGUUUCGGUGAGGGCGGCAUGUCUUUCAGAGUCACGGUCACCGCGACGAAUGGGCUACCACUGGAAAAGACCCACGCCAUCUAUACACUGAUGCUUCUUGUUUGUGCUUGUGCUUUUGUACGUGACGCGGGUUCGAUGCAGUGCGGUGCGGUGCGGUGCGGUGCAUCGUACCAGCAGCUGCACGCCGGUUCCCAAAGGGCAACUCGUGCCGAACCAUGA